GCUACAUGUAACUGACAUGUGAAGCUCAUUGGUGCAGAGGUGUCUGGAGCAGAGGAGACUCCUCCUGGAGGCUCACGCACUAUGUGAGGUGUGGCUGAGAGGGUGUGUGUGACUGCUACCUCCACACCAACCUGCCUCCUCCUGUCAGACGACUCUCUGCCUUCCCGUGUGCACGACUCAACGUGAAUCCUUCCAGCAGCCGUCACCAUGCCUGAGAAUGCAGAGUCGCACUCCGCCACCCUCGUCACCAACCGCACCUGCACCGUAGAGAUCACCAACGUCAGCGCCAGCUACUGCCUCGUCAACCCACAAGUUCACAUGGACAUGGGUUAUUCCUUCAGCCCCCCGCAGCCCACCGUGCGCACCACCAAGACCGAGGUGUGCUCCUUCAUCAAGGACGACAACACGGCGACAGGAACCGCGGGCGUCCUGACCUACGAGAUGUUCCACAUGCAGAGUCGCAGCUGCAAAAAGAUGAUGGCCAUCAUGUUCUCGGUGCCCUUUGACUACACCUACUACAAGAACUACCUGGGCAUCGGCUUCUUUGAAAAACAGCGGGAGGGCAAAGAUCUGUUCAAAUACAUGUACAAUAACAAAGAAUUCCCAGAUUUCAUGCGCCAAGAGGCCAACGGCAGCGGGGUGAAGUACUGCCCUGACAACGAAAAGAUUGAAGUGAGGGGCUGCAUGUGUGAUGACAACAAGGCCAUUGUUAAAAUUGAGUUGUACGACAGUAUGAGGCAGUGAGUCUGUUUCUGCUCCUGUGAGAAUGAAGAGCAUCAAAUGCGAAUAAACGAUAAAACACAGUUGAAGCUAAAUAUUCCUGAAUAACUACAAACAAUGUGUGUGUCACUCCUGUCGUGUAACGGUGCUUUCAUGAAUAAAAAAAACAGUCUGACCAA